CAUGGGUAUAAAACGACAUGACGGGACAGACGUCCUCAAUAAAAAGCUAACCUGCACAGAGGCACAAUGAAGAGUCAACUCUCCCUCAACAUGGUAACUGCUGCAACCACAAUGGGCUCAGUGAGAUCAGCUGGACUGAAUCUUCUCCUGUUGUCUUUUCUACUUUACAUAGCUGAUUCUUACCCCAACAUUGACUUACCAAACAUCGGCUGCGAGGAGUGCACACUGAGGAAGAACAGUGUUUUCUCAAGGGAUCGUCCGGUCUACCAGUGUAUGGGCUGCUGCUUCUCCAGAGCAUAUCCAACGCCUCUCAAGGCCAUGAAGACAAUGACGAUCCCGAAGAACAUCACCUCGGAGGCCACGUGCUGUGUCGCAAAACACAGCUAUGAGACAGAGGUGGCCGGCAUAAGGGUGAGAAACCACACAGACUGCCACUGCAGCACCUGCUAUUUCCACAAGAUAUGAAGACGAGAAACCGGAGGACCAUUCUGCAGCGCUCGGCUUGGCAGCAAACUGUGCUUCUUUUAAUUUGCACAAGCUCUCUGUUUUAAAGUUUAUGUUCAUGUGUUGCCAGAUGAUAUUUUUGUGGCGGUUAUGUGUCUGUGUACUUAGCCUACAUUUGGAUAGAUGUAGUACAGGAGUAACUGUAGACUGAAAAGCAAUUAAAAUGUGCAACCCA